UUCAAAUAUGUAAAAGUGUGAUAAAUGCUAAACUGUUGACAGCAUACUCUAGAUCUAUUGUGAAUCUGGUACUAUAUACUACAUGGUUACAUUAAAAAAAACCAUUGAAAUGUAAUUUACAAGUAUAUAAGUGUUGUGAUCGUGGUAUACUUAGGUGACAGAAAUCUAUAAAGAACGAUAUGUCAACACAAAAUCGUCCAUACCAAGGUUACCCGUAUGUGAAUCCUGUUGUCAUAGACGUGCCUUCAAUCGACCCCACAACUGCGGGUAGAUGGACCAACUUACCACGGAGACCUAUCGGAGGAGUAAUUGAACGACCAGGAACGAGUAGAGAUAAUGGUGUGAAUGAAAUACGAGCUGAAGAAGUUGUGAAAGAUUCUUCUGAAUCUGAUGUAAAUAGAACAGAAGAAAAUCCUGUGGUAUACAUUGAUGUACCGGAAAGUGGUGAAAGUAGUGUAAUUGAAAGCAGUAAUAGAAAUGAACAGAGAGAAGAAUCUUUUGUACAGGAAACGAUACUCUACGAUCCAUUCAAAGAUAGGAGGAUUGAACUGCGAGUUACGGGUGAUGAAAGUGAUGAAGAACCUUCUAGAUAUCCUUCUAGUGGUGAACAGACCUCUAGACCUGUACCACCUAACACCUUAAAUGUUGCAUCACCUGGCAGUAGCUCUGGCUACACAACAUCACCAACAUUUGGCACAUCAACAAAUCCUAACCUACCAGGUCUAAUGUCUAAAGAAGCUGGAUAUUACGGUCGACAGACACCAGAUGAUAUGUUUCCCUUAGGACCAAUACCAGUGUCUGAGUUCCCAGAACCUCCUCCCGCGUAUACUGAAAUAGACAGAGUGAACCAAACCGAUCGAGUAAACGAACCAACGCCACCUAGAACGGAAGUUAUCACUACAGUUACAGAUUCGACUACAACCAUACGACCAGGUUCAGAUAGAAAACUAUUGCAAUGCCCACAUUGCAAUCAAAGAGUACAUUCUCUUGUUGUGAGAGAAGUUGGUGCUUUCACACACGUAUUGGCUAUGAUCUUCUUAUUUUUAUGUCUAAUUCCAAUUGUGAUUUUAAUCUACUGCAUGGACUGUUGCAAAUACAAGAACCACUACUGCCCGAACUGUAACCAACUGAUCGGAUACGAGAUACCCAUACUAUGCCAACAGAUGGCGUUUGUUUGAAGUCUACAUAACGCUUGUAAAAUUCAUUUCCAGAGAAAUGCAACUUUGGCUUACAUAAUCUCUGUGAGGAUUUUGACUGAGUGAGACAA